AUGGCCUCGCAAACAAACCCCGAGGUCCCCGCCUGGACCCCCGACUCCUGGCGCACCAAGCCCAUCAAGCACGUCCCCGAAUACGCCGACCAAGCCGCCCUCACCGCCGCCACCACCAAGCUCGCCCGCCUCCCUCCCAUCGUGCACCCGCGCGAGAUCGUCUCCCUCAAAGCCCACCUCCGCGACGUCGCCCAGGGAAAUGCCUUCCUCCUACAGGGAGGCGAUUGCGCCGAGCUCUUCGACUACUGCGAGCAGUCCGCUAUCGAGUCCAAGAUCAAGCUCCUGCUGCAGAUGAGCUUGGUGCUCAUCUGGGGUGCCGACAAGCGCGUCGUCAGGAUCGGCCGCAUGGCGGGGCAGUAUGCCAAGCCGCGGAGUAGCCCCAUGGAGAUUGUCGAUGGGAGGGAGGUUCCGAGUUUCAAGGGUGAUAUUAUAAAUGGGUAUCCGAUCGAGGAGAGGGAGAUUGAUGCGGGGAGACUCGUGCAAGCCUACCAUCACUCUGCCGCCACGCACAAUUACAUCCGCGCCUCUCUCUCGUCCGGCAUCGCGGACCUUCACCGACCCCUUGACUGGGGCCUCGGCCACGUCCGCGACCAUACACUGCGCGCCAAGUACUCGGAAACCGUCCACUCCAUUACCGAUAUGCUCCGCUUCCUCCACACCAUCGGCGCUAACCGCACCGACACGCUCGACACCGUAGACCUCUUCACGAGCCACGAAGGUCUCGUGCUCGAGUACGAACAGAACCUCACCCGCCUCCUCGAGCGCCCACGCCUCACCUCAUCCCCUUCCACCGGCGAGGUCCCCGAGCCUCCGAUCAAGGAAUACUACGACACGUCAGCCCAUUUCCUCUGGAUCGGCGACCGCACGCGCCAGAUCGAUGGAGCCCACGUCGAGUUCUUCCGCGGCAUCGCCAACCCCAUCGGCAUCAAGGUCGGCCCCACGACCCCCGCUGACGACCUCCUCGUCCUCCUGCGCACCCUCAACCCGACGGCCGAACCGGGAAAAAUCACUCUCAUCACGCGCUAUGGCGCCUCGCGUGUCCGCGACCUCCUCCCCCAGCACAUCCGCGCCGUCGAGUCGAGUGAGUAUCGCCGCUGCGUCGUCUGGCAGUGCGAUCCCAUGCACGGCAACACCAUGUCCACGCCCUCCGGCGUCAAGACCCGCCAGUUCGCCGACAUCUUCUCCGAGCUGCGCGAGACGCUUGAUAUCCAUCGCCGUGAGGGCAGCUACUUGGGCGGCGUGCACCUGGAACUCACGGGAGAUGCCGUCACUGAGUGUCUGGGCGGCGGAGAGAACUUGGACGAGGAUGAUCUGAGCACCAAUUAUACGAGUUUCUGCGAUCCGCGGUUGAAUGAGAAGCAGGCGCUUGAGCUGGCGUUUUUGAUUGCGGAUCAUUACAGGCAGGAGAGAAAGCCACUCCCAAUUUGA